AUUUGUGAGAUAGGACAAAUAAUUUAUCCCGCCCCCUCCCUCACAGAGAAUUUUUUAACACAUUUUUCAUAAAAAUUCCGUUUCUUUUCAAUUUCGCUCUCUCCUCUGUUACAAACUUCAAUGGAGAGCCUGGCAAUUCGCUCCAUCUCCUCUGCAACCCCGCUCUCUCUCUCUACCCGGAAUUCCUUACUUCACAGAUCACCAAAAUCCAUCUCUAAAUUUCCACCUUCCGUCGUCUCCCCACCGUCCCUGCCCGGCGCAAUCCGAUCACCUGCUCUUUCCUUGCAAACAUCCUUUGUCUUCUCUCCACUUCUCAAGUCCUUCAAGACCCAUUUCCCAAUUCGCGCCUCCUCGGAGAAAAACGACUCCUCAAAGCUAUCAAAUCCCCCGCCAAUCUCAAACCCACCUCCACAAGGUGCCAAGCUUGUUCCCCUUUUAAUAUCUGUGUCCGUAGGUCUUAUUCUUCAUUUUUUUAUUCCCAGACCCGCUGAAGUAACCCCACAAGCGUGGCAAUUGCUUGCAAUCUUUCUUUCUACAAUUGCUGGUCUUGUUUUGAAUCCUUUGCCAGUUGGGGCGUGGGCUUUUCUUGGUCUAACGACUUCUAUUGUGACGAAUACUUUAACGUUUUCAACUGCUUUUAGUGCCUUUACUAACGAGGUUAUUUGGUUGAUUGUUAUUUCUUUCUUUUUUGCUCGUGGGUUUGUGAAGACUGGCCUAGGUGAUAGAGUUGCUACGUAUUUUGUCAAGUGGUUGGGGAAGAGUACGUUGGGAUUGUCGUAUGGAUUGACAAUUAGUGAGGCGCUUAUUGCGCCGGCAAUGCCUAGUACUACUGCCAGGGCUGGCGGAGUUUUCUUGCCAAUAAUUAAGUCCUUGUCGUUGUCAGCUGGGAGUAAGCCAGAGGAUGCUUCUUCAAAGAAGCUUGGGUCUUAUCUCGUUCUUUCCCAGUUCCAGUCUUCUGGGAACUCUAGUGCGCUUUUCCUGACCGCUGCAGCUCAAAAUUUGCUGUGUCUCAAAUUAGCGGAGGAACUUGGUGUUAUAAUUUCAGGCCCUUGGGUUUCUUGGUUCAAGGCUGCCAGUUUGCCAGCAUUGGUUUCUCUUCUAGCUACACCAUUUAUCUUAUAUAACCUUUAUCCUCCUGAAAUCAAGGACACUCCAGAUGCCCCUGCAAUGGCUGCAAAGAAGCUGGAGAGUAUGGGUCCUGUCACAAAAAAUGAAUGGGUGAUGGUUGGCACAAUGGUUCUUGCAGUUUCUUUGUGGGUGUUUGGAGAUACUCUUGGUAUACCGAGUGUUGUAGCCGCAAUGAUUGCCUUAUCAAUAUUGCUUUUGUUGGGAGUGCUUGAUUGGGAUGACUGCUUAAGUGAAAAAUCAGCUUGGGAUACCUUGGCUUGGUUUGCUGUUCUGGUGGGCAUGGCAGGGCAACUGACAAACCUUGGCAUUGUAACCUGGAUGUCUGGUUGUGUGGCCAAGAUCCUUCAAUCUCUCUCUUUGAGCUGGCCAGCUGCAUUUGUUAUUCUUCAGGCAUCUUACUUUGUCAUUCACUAUCUAUUCGCUAGUCAAACUGGUCAUGUGGGAGCUCUGUACUCUGCAUUUCUUGCCAUGCACUUGGCAGCUGGAGUGCCCGGUGUGUUGGCAGCACUGGCUUUAGCUUACAAUACCAAUCUUUUCGGUGCUCUUACACACUACAGCAGUGGUCAGGCUGCUGUAUAUUAUGGAGCUGGAUAUGUAAACCUCCCUGAUAUAUUCAAGAUGGGCUUUGUAAUAGCUUUGGUUAAUGCUAUCAUCUGGGGAGCAGUUGGAACUGCCUGGUGGAAAUUUUUGGGUCUCUACUAAUCUCAACUUUACUUGCUUCUGCGGCCAUUCAACCAGUGGAAAUAAGGUUGACAAUUGUAUAUUGAAAGGUUGUCUUUGAGAUUCUUCAACUGCAAAUUGCCAUCGCCAGGUACUUGUUCAUCCUGAAAAUUCUUACCACGGAUCAGUGUAGUUGAUGUAGUGGAAUGCCAAGAGCCCCUGAUACAUAUGCCAGGCUAGUCUUUGAAAGUGAGGAGGAUGUUAGAGCUGGGAGAUUCUUGAAGUUGUUGGUAAUCUCUCUACCAAGUUUGUUUUUGCAAUCAUGCAGCUUUGGGCUGGCAAUAGGAUUUAGUUUCAGGGAUUGGAGCGUGGAAAUUAUUUAAACCAAGAAUCAGAUAAAUGAGAUGAAUCACUGCAGUACAAUUGAUAUUGAUGGCACCAUCAAGGGUAUUGUUGUCCAAAUAAAGAGUUAUAGGGGAUGGAGAAUUCAACCAAUGACUCGCUCAGCAAGCAAUUCCAGCUUC